AUGCUAAUUCAAUCAAUUUCUCGUCUGGUUUCUCCCUCAUUUCGAUCUCAACCCUUAAAAAUCUCAGCUUUACGGGUUUCCACAACUGUCUCAGCCGCAGAGAGAUUAUACGACCAUCUUCAGGGAUGCACGACCAAUCUCGAGAAGGAUUUAGCUUCAGUGAAAGUGAAACUAGACGCUUCUUGUAUCAACGAGGUAAUAAGAAGAUGCAAUUCAAAUCAAUUUCAAUUGGGUCUUAGGUUUUUCAUAUGGGCUGGAACUCAACGCGACCAUAGACACAGUCCUUACAUGUAUACAAAAGCUUGCGACUUUCUUAAGAUUAGAGCAAACCCAGAUUUGAUCAAGUAUGUUUUCGAAGCGUACCUUAAAGAGGAAUGUUUAGUUAGUGUUAAGACAAUGAGGAUCGUUCUGUCUAUUUGUAAUCAAGCGAAACUCGCUGAUGAGGCGUUGUGGGUAUUGCGGAAAUUUCCUGAAUUCGAGUUAUGUGCGGAUACUGUUGCGUAUAAUUUGGUGAUUAGGUUGUUUGCUGAUAAAGGAGAUUUGAAUAUGGCUGAGGAAUUGAUGAAAGAGAUGGAUUGUAUUGAUCUUUGUCCAGAUGUGAUCACUUUUACAUCAGUGAUCAAUGGGUUUUGCAAUGCGGGUAAGAUUGAUGAAGCUUGGAAGCUGGCUAAGUCCAUGAGUAAGCACGGAUGCGUGCUUAACACUGUGACGUAUUCGAGGAUUGUAGAAGGUGUCUGCAAGUCUGGCGAUAUGGAGACAGCGCUGGAGUUGUUGGUGGAAAUGGAGAAACAAGAUUGUGGUGGAUUAAUUUGUCCGAAUACGGUUACUUAUACUUUGGUAAUUCAAGCGUUUUGUGAGAAGAAGCGGAUUCGUGAGGCGUUGAUGGUAUUGGAUAGGAUGGGAGAACGAGGAUGCUUGCCGAAUCGUGUUACUGCUAGUGUUUUGAUUCAAGGGGUUUUGGAGAAUGACGAGGAUGUUAAGGAUAUUUCUAAGUUGAUUGAUAAAUUGGUGAAACUCGGUGGUGUUUCUCUUUCUGAUUGUUUUAGUUCUGCUAUCGUGUCGCUUAUCCGUAUGAAAAGAUGGGAAGAGGCGGAAAAGAUGUUCCGUCUGAUGUUGGUCCGUGGUAUUAGACCCGAUGGUCUUGCGUGCACUCUUGUUUUCAAGGAGUUAUGUUUGUUGGAAAGGUUUCACGAAUGUUUCCUUCUGUAUGAAGAAAUCGAGAAGGCAGAUGUGAAAUCAACAAUAGACUCGGAUAUACAUUCGGUUCUUUUGCUCGGUCUCUGCGAACACGGGCGAUCUUGGGAAGCUGCUAAGCUUGCGAAAUCGAUGCUUGAUAAGAAAAUGAGACUGAAUGUUUCUCAUGUCGAGAAAAUCAUCAAAGCUUUGAAGAAAACUGGUGAUGAAGAUCUCAUGCGUCGUCUCUCUACGUUUUAA